AACCCAGAAGCCAUGAAAACCACUUUUAGUUUUUAAUCGUUUACCUUCCUUUUCUUCAAGUUCCUUCCCCCCUUCUACACACUUCAGAGACAAACCAGUGCCUCUCCCUCGCGCGCUGAUACUGAAAGCACCCACUGCUGUGUAGAGUGUACGAGGAGCCACUUCAGAAAACUCGAUCCAAAGGACUACCCCAACACGUACAUUCGCUCCCGCUCUCUCUCCCUACACCAAUAUCAUCAGCAGCCUGUACCCUCCUCUCUUCCACUUCAACCAUGGCCUUGACGUUUUCUAUUUCUCUCCGGCCUCUCUUUUCCUCUGCCACCACUGAUCUAAACGACCACAUCCAUCCGCUUUCCUUGAUAAGCGUCGGAUUUUAGGGUUAAGUCCUACUCCAUUUCUGUUUGGUUGAGGAGAAGGUGUGGAGCAAAAUAUUGGAGGAACUCAGAUCUUAAUCUCAGGGAACUUGUUGAAGAACUUUUCGCUCAAUAGACCAACUUUGAAAGGAAGCCAGUUGUUUAGGAGGUCGUUCGAAUUGACUUGUUCAAUAGACAGAGAAAUGGAUGUUAGCACAUCGGCUUUGAUUGAUGGUGUAGCAGAGUGCCUAAAUGAAACGCAGUUGGAGCCAAGUAUUUCAACCAUGGUGCUGAAUUUUGAGAAUAAGUUUGAUCCUUAUGAAGCGAUCAGUACACCACUUUACCAAACUGCUACUUUUAAGCAGCCGUCAGCUACCGAAAAUGGCCACUAUGAUUAUACCAGGAGUGGAAAUCCUACACGGGAUGCUUUAGAAAGCCUCCUGGCAAAGCUUGAUAAAGCAGAUCGAGCAUUUUGCUUCACUAGUGGAAUGGCUGCUUUGGCUGCUGUUUCUCGUCUUGUUGGAACUGGUGAGGAAAUUGUUGCUGGAGAUGACCUGUAUGGUGGUUCUGAUCGGUUGCUGUCAAAAGUAAUUCCAAAAAAUGGAAUAGUAGUGAAGCGAGUAAAUACAAGUGAUUUGGAUGAGGUUGCAUCUGCCAUUGGACAGCAAACCAAGCUUGUCUGGCUGGAGAGUCCAACCAACCCUCGGCAACAAAUAUCUGAUAUUAGAAAAAUAGCAGAGAUGGCUCAUAAAUAUGAUGCACUUCUGUUGGUGGAUAAUAGUAUAAUGUCCCCAAUAUUGUCACAACCCUUGACACUUGGAGCAGACAUCGUUAUGCACUCAGCUACAAAAUUUAUUGCUGGACAUAGUGAUGUCAUGGCCGGCGUGCUUGCUGUGAGAGGGGAAAGCUUGGCGAAGGACUUGUAUUUCCUACAAAAUGCAGAAGGCUCCGGGCUAGCUCCAUUUGACUGUUGGAUCUGCUUACGAGGAAUUAAGACCAUGGCUUUACGAGUUGAGAAGCAACAGGAGAAUGCACAGAAGAUUGCUGAAUUUCUUUCAUCCCAUCAUCGAGUGAAGAAAGUUUACUACGCUGAUCUUCCUGAUCAUCCCGGACGUGAUUUACAUUAUUCUCAGGCAAAGGGUGCAGGGUCUGUGCUUAGCUUUUUAACGGGCUCACUGGCACUCUCAAAGCAUAUUGUUGAGACUACCAAGUACUUCAGCAUAACUGUCAGUUUUGGGAGUGUGAAGUCCCUCAUAAGCAUGCCCUGCUUCAUGUCGCACGCAAGCAUUCCUGCUGCAGUACGUGAGGCCAGAGGUUUGACAGAAGAUCUGGUUAGAAUAUCAGUGGGGAUCGAGGAUGUGAAUGAUUUAAUUGCUGAUUUAGACCACGCGCUUAGAACUGGACCUCAGUAGGCGCCCGCAGUAACAUGAAUCGGCUUCAAAUUAUUUACAUACAGAUAAUAUGAACCAUGCUAAAAGCUGCGUAGGAAAGGUCCAAUUGUGGAGCUUCGUAGGAUUUGGUUUGUACAAUUUUGAAUGCUUGAUUAGAAUAUAUCUAAUUUUUCUUUUGUGGCCCAAAGCAGGCUGUCCUUUCUUGCAAGGCUUCUGCAAGCCUGUUGACCUACUCAUCAAGCAAGGUCCACGUUUUUUA